GUGGCAAUCGGGACAGUUUCUUUUUCAGUGACCAGAGGAAAGAAAGCAUUAUUGUUUCCUGGCUAAACAGGUUUACUCCGCUGCGGGGCCAAUGGAUUCCAGGCUAUCCUUCACCUCGGAGGAGGAGCUCAUUAAGAAAGACAGUCUCAAGAAAUACAAAAUCCUCUGUGUGGUUCUUCUUGCUUUGUUGGUGAUUGUGACGCUUGGAUUAGGCCUGGGACUUGGGCUCAGGAAACCUGAAGAACAAGGCAGCUGCAGAAGACAAUGCUUUGACUCAUCUUAUAGAGGACUGGAGGGCUGCCGGUGUGACUCUCGAUGUACAGGCCGAGGAGACUGUUGUUGGGACUUUGAGGAUGCCUGUGUGAAGUCAACUCAAGCAUGGACGUGCAAUUCAUUUCGCUGCGGGGAGAGCAGACUGCAGGGCAGCCUCUGCUCCUGUGCUGACGAUUGUUUGCAGAGGAAGGACUGCUGCACCAACUACAAGACCAUUUGCCAAGGAGAAAUCCCGUGGGUGACCGAAGCCUGUGCCACAUCUCAAGAGCCCCAGUGCCCAGAAGGGUUUGACCUGCCACCGGUGAUCUUGUUUUCCAUGGACGGCUUUAGAGCUGAGUAUUUAGAAACAUGGAACACUCUGAUGCCAAAUAUCGACAAAAUGAAGAACUGCGGAGUCCAUUCAAAAUACCUGAGAUCAAUGUAUCCUACCAAAACCUUCCCAAAUCACUAUACUAUUGUCACGGGCUUGUAUCCGGAAUCCCACGGCAUCGUUGACAACAACAUGUAUGAUGUAUACCUCAACAAGAAUUUUUCACUCUCUUCAGCGGAGAAAAAUAAUCCCGCCUGGUGGGGUGGGCAGCCGAUUUGGCUGACAGCAAUGUAUCAAGGUUUAAAGGCUGCUGCCUAUUACUGGCCCGGAUCAGAUGUGAAGGUUGAUGGCUCCUUCCCCACCAUCUACAUGAAUUACAACAGUUCUGUCCCAUAUGAAAAGAGGAUCUCUACAUUGUUAAAAUGGUUGGAUCUGCCCAAAGCUGAAAGACCCAGUUUUUAUACCUUAUAUGUGGAACAACCCGAUUCUGCAGGACAUAACAGCGGGCCAGUCAGUGCUGGGGUGAUUAAAGCCUUGCAGUUAGUCGAUGAUGCCUUUGGAAUGCUGAUGGAGGGUCUGAAGCAGAGGGGUUUACACAACUGUGUCAAUAUAAUCCUUCUGGCUGAUCACGGGAUGGACCAGACCUACUGUGACAAAGUGGAGUACAUGACAGACUAUUUUCCUAAAAUUAACUUCUAUAUGUACCAAGGACCUGCCCCCCGAAUCAGGGCUUCUAACAUACCGGAGGACUUCUUCACCUUCAAUUCCGAAGAAAUUGUCAGGAACCUCAGUUGCCGAAAACCCGAUCAACAUUUCAAACCCUAUUUGACUCCUGAUUUGCCAAAACGACUGCACUAUGCCAAAAAUGUCAGAAUCGACAAAGCUCAGCUCCUGGUGGAUCGGCAAUGGCUGGCUAUGAGGAGGAACACGGGUUCAGGCUGCGGUGGAGGCACGCACGGCUACAACAACGAAUUCAAGAGCAUGGAGGCAAUUUUUUUGGCACAUGGACCCAGCUUUAAAGGGAAGACUGUUAUCGAACCGUUUGAAAACAUUGAAGUGUAUAAUCUCCUGUGCGAUCUGCUACGCAUUCAACCAGCACCAAACAACGGUACUCACGGUAGUCUCAAUCAUCUGCUGAAGGUGCCCUUUUAUGAGCCAUCGCAUGCAAGAGAGUUGUCAGCAUCUUCCAGCUGUGGCUUUACCACUUCCUCGCCUGCAGACACACUGGGCUGCGCAUGCCCCGAGUUAAAGCCUACUGAUCUAGAAAAAAUGAAUCAAAGACUAAACCUCACAGAAGGAGAUGUCGCAGCAACAGUGAAAGUAAAUUUGCCCUUUGGGAGACCCCGGGUGAUACAGAAGAACAAAGAGCACUGUCUCCUUUACCAGAGCGGAUACAUCAGUGGGUACGGAAAAUCGCUGAAGAUGCCCAUGUGGAGCUCUUACACGGUGCCCAAACCGGGAGACACAUCACCUCUACCUCCCACGGUCCCAGACUGUCUGCGGGCUGAUGUCAGGGUUGAUCCUUCUGAGAGCCAAAAGUGUUCCUUCUAUUUAGCAGACAAGAAUAUCACCCGUGGCUUCCUCUAUCCUCCGGCAAUCGGAGGAAAUGAGAGUCAAUAUGAUGCUUUAAUUACAAGUAAUUUGGUCCCAAUGUAUGAAGAAUUCAAAAAAAUGUGGGACUACUUCCAUGAGGUUCUCCUUUUAAAAUAUGCUGCAGAAAGAAAUGGAGUGAAUGUGGUUAGUGGACCAAUAUUCGAUUAUAAUUAUGAUGGCCAUUUUGAUGCCCCAGAAGAAAUCACACAAUACGUAGCUGACACCGAUGUUCCUAUCCCCACACACUACUUUGUGGUGCUCACGAGCUGUAAAGACAAAACCACGGCGCCCGAGAGCUGCCGUGGGUGGCUGGAUGUCCUGCCUUUCAUCAUCCCGCACAGACCCACCAACAUGGAAAGCUGUCCUGGAAACAAAACAGAAGACCUUUGGGUUGAAGAGAGAUUUCAAGCACACAUUGCCCGGGUCCGUGAUGUGGAACUCCUUACUGGCCUUGACUUUUACCAGGAACAUCCACAGCCUGUCUCUGAAAUUUUGCAACUGAAGACAUAUUUACCGACAUUUGAAACCAUUAUUUGAAUGAAUGAAUGAAUGAAUGAAUGAAUAAAGCAAUUUGCCAAAUCAGAGAAUUUUUUUUCUGUCAAAGAACAUCAUAAAAUAAAAUUUUCUAUUUUUCCUUAAUUCUUAAAGUCAUAUUAUACAUUUGUAUUAUAAUUUAUCUAUUUUAUUUGUUCUUUUCCCCUCCUCAUCUAUGGGCACCUAUGGGCUGGUGCCCAAAGUGGCCAGAAGAGGGCGCUGGAUGCGCUAGAACUACAAGUUACAGGGCGUGAGAGCUGGUGGUGUGAGUGCUAGGAAAGGACCCUGGGUCCUUUUCAAGAGCAACAAGUGAUCUCAGACAGGGCGCCCCUUCCAGACGUCCGGCAAUGUGAUGAUUUUCUACGAGCAGACAGGAUUCCUUGCAUGCUCCUCCGUUCCAACAAUGGCUCCACUCUAGCUGGUAAUUUGUGGGCAUUAGACUGCUCCAUGCGGAGAUCUGUGCUAAAUGUUUGCAAUCCUGAGCUGUGCAUGGCCCUGGAAACCUGGUUAGCCUACAGGAAUCUCUGGUAAACUGUUGAGAGCUUGAUCUAGGAAUAAAAAGGCCAGGCUGAGAAAAAUGAGUCAAUCUGUGUGUCACCUAGAGAUUAUGUAACGCCGUUACCUUCCUUUUGUGCCUCGUAAUUAUAAAGAAUUAGGUAGGCCAGGGUAGGGAUGCGUGCCUUUAACGUGCACGUGGGAUGCAGAGGCAGGAGAAUCACGGUGACCUUGAGGCCAUCCUGGUCUGCACAGUGAGUUCCAGGCCAGCCAAGGCUACACAAAGUGAGACCCUGUCCCAUGAGAGAGAGUGGAGAGAGAGGCGAGAGAGAGAAAAGAGAGGUGAGAAAUAUUCUGAAGGAAUGAAUACCACAAUUUAAAGGAUUGUGGAGUUAAACGGAAUUGCAACUUCAACUCUGAUUUCUCAGUAUGCCAUCCGUAUUCUACCAUAAGAUUUUACCUUUUAAAUCUGAGAAUGUAAAUGCUAAAGUUAGCUGCAAUGAUUACUUAGAAAGACUAUGGAAUAUAUGGAAAAGUUGCGAAAGGAGCAUGAAGUGGUCUUGUGUAACUUUCAUUUGCACUUCACCAACUGUGAACAUUUGCACUUUGUAUGUAUAUAUUAUACAUGUGUGUAUACAUUACAUAGUAACACGUAUGUAACCAUAUUAAAAGAGCUCUGUGAAACUA